AUGGAGAACGAGGAAAAAAUGGAUAAAAAGUCAAUAAUUGUAGAAAAUGAAAAAGAUAAAUCUGACGCUCCUCAACAAACAAAAAAGGUGGAAAAUACAAAGAAUGUGCAGCCUCAAAAAUCUGAUACUACAAAUACUGGAAAUGAUGAAUUAAUUCAUUCGCGACAAUCGCGCGAAGUUCAAACGGAUAUUGCGUAUACAGAAACAGUAGGAAAAUUAAAAAAUCGGCUAGAUACGUUGAUGAAUUCUUUAGCUACUCUUUCGGCAGAAAAAUCUAAAAUGGAAGCAAGUUUUCAACAGGAUAAGAAGCAGUUGAGAAACGAACGAGACGAAUGUGAAAAAAUAAUCAAGGAUUUGAAAGAAAAAUUAAACAAAGUGCAAACUACGAAUUACUCUGAAAUCGAGCAUGUGAAAUGUAAAUUAAUUAUGGAACGUCACGAAAGGGAAAGAGAGCAAGCUGAUCAUGCAAAAAUGAUAAAAGAACUACAAAAAUUAUUACACGAUGAACGACGAAACAAAGAACAACUUGAAGCACAAGUAAAAAGUCAGUUUGCACAUAAGACACAAUGUAAAAUACUUGAAGCUGAAUUAGAAAUAGCUAGAAAUAAGCUGAAACAAGCAGAAGAAGCAGCUAAAGAAACACCCCCGAUUCUACUAUCACUCCAAUCUGAAAUGGCUCUAAUGAAGAAACAACAUUUAAAUGCGAUACAUGAAGAACAAAAAAGAGCUGCUGCUGCAGAACAGCAAGCUAGAGCAUUAGCAAUGACUCAUGAAGCAAGAGUAGCUGGUCUAGAAGCAAGACUAGCUGAACUUUCAGAAAUUGUUGGAGGAUAUGAUAGACUCAGACAGCAAGAUCAACAAGCCAUACAGAAACUGAAAGACCAACUAAUUAAUUUACAAGACUCUGAACAUGAGUAUAUUACAUUAAAUAAUGAACCUGAAGAGAUCAUUUCUAGAAUAAAAAACCUGUAUACCAAAUUGUUAGAUUUAGAUAAUAAAAAAAGCGAAUCAGCACAUGUUAAAUCAUUACUACAUUGCUUAGAUUUAUAUGAUAAACAACAAGUUAUUGAUUAUAAAGAAAAGUAUGAAACUUUGUUACAAGAAUUCGAAGAUUGUAAACAGCAAAUGAAGUAUAGUAAUGUUGGAAACAUAUCGUAUAAUAUUCAGAGUCAAAAUAUUGCAUCAUCUUAUGAUAAAAAUAGCAAAACGCAAUUACAUAUUUUGAAAGCACAUAAUAAUAAUCUAGAAGAACGAAUACGUGUUUUAAAUAACGAAAUUGUGAAUAAGGAAAGGGAAUUGAAAUUAAAAUUGGAGCAUCAGGAAAAGUUAUCUCAAGAAGAACAUGGAAAAUUGAGACAUUUGUUAUUACAAAAGGACAAUGAAUUUCGUAAUAAAAUAUCUACGUUAGAGCAACAAUUAUUACGUCAACGAGAACGAUCGAUGGCUCUCAUCGAAGAAAAGGAUAAAGAAAUUUUAACUUUAAAAACAUCUUUUCACGCAUUAUUACCCAAGAAGGAAAAUACUGCAGAAAGGAAGCUAAAUACAUCAAAAUGUGAAAGUGGAACAGAGCCUAUAACCGAUUUAGUAACUGGAUUAUUAACAAAUGACAGUCCUCCAAUAUUGCAUUACAGUCAAGAGUUAGCAAGAAAAGAGGUGCAAGUAUCAGCAUCUAGAAAAAAAGUUUUAGAGUUAGAAGCAACAUUACGGGAAAAACAAAGAGAAGUCAUAUAUAUAAAGGAGAAACAGAAAGAAAAUAUAAAAGCUUUGCAAGCUCAGAUUGCGAGGCUCGAAGCUUGCAAGUCUAGGGAAGGUGCAAAUCUUGAAUAUUUGAAAAAUGUUUUUAUAAAUUAUUUAACUACAAGCGAUGUUUCUAGUAAACGUCAUAUGCUAAACGCUAUUUCUACAGUAUUGCGUUUUACUGCCGAAGAAUUAAAUAAGGUAAAGCACUAAUUCAUAUUAUGGAAAUGUAUAAAAAAAUUAGUAGCUGAUCUAAUAUAUAUCAUAAAAUUUAUUUAUUUUGUUAUAUUUUCGGUACUAUCGCAAAUGAUAUUUGAGUACAUUAUACUAAUAAUGUGUUCAUAAAUAAAAGUUAAAUCUAUCAUCUGUAAUUAUUUAAGAAAGGGCAUUUCCGACUGAUUUCGGCGACCUUGAAAUAUGUUGUCGGAGACAUAAUCCUGAAUAGCUUUUCCCUAUAUAUGUUAUUGUCGCUCGGCCUUAGUUUCAGUGAUAUACGCAAAAGUAUUUUUAUCACUAUGUACUUUUAAGGGGGUAUUAUCCUAUGAAUUCUUUAAGUUGAAGAUUUAGUCCAACGCUGCAACUUUUUUUCGUAGUUUACUUUGUUACUUCUUCCUCAUACAUAAUCAUUUUGUAUACAGUUUUAAUUAAUUGCCUCUUGGUUUUAUCUUACUCACAAUAAAUGAGCAUUUAGAGGCCGUAUCUCACUGGCGUAGGUGAUUGGAACUUUAGAUAGACUAAAACAAAAAAAUCAAGAAGAUUCUUUAAUCAAUAGCCCUAUGUUUAACGUACGUACUGAAAUAAAUAAUUUAUGUCGAAAAUUGGCAAAAUGAUGAAUGCUUAAGUUGCAAAUUUCGAGGUUUCAUUCUUUCUUCGAUGAUUGUUAAAUAAAACAAGCAUAAUAAAUUCAAUGU